UUAUCUUCUUUCUUUUUAGCUUUGUGCUUGCAAUAAAAGAUUUGACCUCUGACCAUUUAGCAGCUGAGAACAGAAGUCAGAUGGUUAUAAUUAGUGAUUUGUCGAAGAAACUGACUGAAGCCAUCAAUCUGGAAAAGUCUCUGGAAAAGGAUUUACUGCAGACAGAUGCCUGUCUCAUUGAAGCCAAGGCAAAAGUAGAAUGUAAAAAGCAGAAUGCAGACUUCUUCAGAAAAAAAAUGAAAGAAUGGAGCCAACUGAGCCAAAGUUUAGAGAAUGAUCUGAAGCAGGUUGGAUUUGAUGCAUCUCUAGAUCAUCAAUCGCUUGUAGAACUUUCUGAGAAACUGGAAAAUACAAAGAAGGAAGUAGAAUCUUUGAAUACAAAGCUGAAAUCCUACCAUGACUUGACACCUAAUUUCUACAGUGCCAAAGUAAAAAUUGAAGAAACAAAAUUGGAGCUGAGCAAGGUUGAUCGUCUACUUUCUGAGAAGAUGGAUGCUCUGGGCUGUGUGUCACCUGAAGUGAAUCCACUUAAAUGAGCAACAAACUGAUGUUUGGAUCCUAAUGUAAAACAUCUAACACUUCAUACUGUUUGUGUGUCUGAAACUUUGACCAGUAGGCUAAUUCAAUGAAGUUUAUAUAUUUUAAGGCUUGCAAUAAUAAUUAAAGAUUAUUGCAGGCAUAUUACUCUGCAUCAGUGAAGUUCAUGCUGUUGGAAAAAAGUCAUUGCUUGCAGUGUUGUACCAGUUUAUGGUUAAAUCAAAAAGCUUCCAUAGUUGAUUUUGUUUCCUGACAGCUCACUGGCUCUCCUUUAUAUUACAGUGGUGAAUUAAGGUUGCUGGGAAUAAUCAUUAACAGAUUUAAGGUUUUACAAGUGCCAGCAGUUGAUAUUUCUGAUUGGAGCACACUUGUUUUUCUCAUAAUUCUUUAUUACCUAAAUUUAUCUUUUUUUUUUCUAUCUAGUCUGAAGGAUUGACUGUGGUCUUAGCGUAUCUUUUGCAUGAUUGCUGGCAAUUAGUUUAAUUGGGGGGUUGUGGGGAGGAGAGAGGCUUUCCUACUCCAACUUGUCCUGUCUUCUCUCUCUCUCAUCUUCCAGCAGCAAUACAUUUAUCAGAAGUGUAGGAUGAGGGGGCAUUUUUUGCCUAAAUCUAGGAAAACCUUAUUAACUAUGCUCACAUUAGUAUGUUGUUUGAACUUGAUGCCUUCAUGAUUUUUAUGCUCAAUCUAGUGCUGCGUUAUGUAUGUAGUUAUAUAUGGAGCUGUUGCAUGGACCUCUCUUUCAUGUUUGUAUGCAUAGAACCAUUGCCUUGUUCUGCCUGAAUAAGGUAAAAAUGACUUAAUUUAGAUUUCUUAUAUCUACACCAUGUCUGUUCUGUGACAGAACCUAGCAAUUGUAUAGCAUUAUGCAAAAAUAAAAUAUGACUGCAUUAGAUAACUAGCAUUAUGCAAAAAAAUAAAUACAUAUGACUUCAGUGGAUAACUAUUUAUAAGAGACUUCUCAAAUCUUCUCAAUUUAUAGGAGACUUUCAGUAAUUUCUGUUGUGCAGCAUUGUGUACAGUUCUGGGCACCAUGGUUUAGAAAGGAUGUGUGCACAUUGGAGAGAGUCCAGAAGACAUUUUCAAGAAAGGUUUUAGGAUGAGAAACUUGGCCUAUGACAAUACAUUGAAGAAGUUAGAACUUUUCUGUUGAAGUAGAGGUUAGAAAAGCACUUAAUUUUCAACUGCAACCACUAAAUGUUUGAAAUUGGACAACAUCCCACCAUCAUAGUCUGUGUAUUUAUCGCUUUAUCAGACUCAAAUGCAAGUAGAAGCAAUCUGAGCAAUCAAGUUACUAAAGCACACAAUUUAACAAGUAUUACCCAAUCGAUUGAUAGAGAUAUAUGCAAUAUAGUAUUUGCUUCCAGUUAAAGCAAUCAAGUAAACUUGGCGUGUUCAAGUCUACCUAAGUGACCAUGACAAUUUUUUGUAAUACAAUUGAUUUCGUUUUUAAAAGUCUAAGAUUAACAGAGAUUUGUGAUCUUUCUUUCCAAUGUGAAACAGAACUGCAGGUGUCAGCAAGGUUAGCAUGUAAACAUGGGUAUAGUAUUUUGUAUAACAAAAUCUGAAUGUAGUUGAAACCUAAUUAAAAUCUUGAAACCUG